AUGGAUACGUUUUUGAUCGAUGUCGACUUCCCUAUCAACCCCGAAGAGGAUAAAAUGGAAAUUUGCUUUCUCGGAUUGGCUUCGAAACGUGAUCAACCGUUGUGUAUUAUGCAUCUCCAGUCUGAUGGCAAACUGGAUUCGAUGUACGAUGUACGGGAUCGCUUAGCAACAGAUCUGACCGAAAAGCAGACGCAGUUGAUGGAAAUGAUAAUCAGAGCGGAGGAUGCCAUCGUCAUUGGUGAUCUGUGCGUAUGUUCGAGCAAAUCACGCUCUUAA